AAACUCAUCGACAGCUGCCAUCUUGUUUUUUAGUUUGGGGUUGAGGUGUUAGAGGGUGUUAGCGUCUAGGCAAGCAAGAUGAGCAAGGAUUUCAACUUUCCAUUGUGUCCCGAAGUUGGAAAGUAUGAAAAGCUGGCGAAGAUCGGACAAGGAACAUUCGGUGAGGUCUUCAAAGCACGUCAUCGCAAGUCUAGAGCUUUGGUUGCCCUCAAGAAAGUUUUGAUGGAUAAUGAAAAGGAAGGGUUUCCUAUCACAGCCUUGAGAGAAAUCAAGAUCCUCAAACUUCUGCGUCAUGAAAACAUUGUCAAUUUGAUAGAGAUUUGCCGCACAAAAGCCUCACCAUAUAAUAGGCAGAGGGCAAGUAUCUUCUUGGUAUUUGAGUUUUGUGAGCAUGAUUUAGCAGGCCUGUUGAGCAACCAGUCAGUAAAGUUCAGCUUAGGUGAGAUAAAGAAGAUAAUGCAGAUGCUUUUCAACUCCUUAUACUUUAUACAUUUCAACAAGAUUCUGCACAGAGACAUGAAGGCUGCUAAUGUUCUCAUCACUAAAGGUGGUGUAUUGAAGUUGGCAGACUUUGGGUUGGCUCGUGCCAUUCAUCUAAAUAAAGAUCUUCGUGGUAACAGAUACACCAACAGAGUUGUAACAUUAUGGUACAGACCACCAGAGUUACUUCUAGGUGAGCGCAAUUAUGGACCACAAAUUGACAUAUGGGGUGCUGGUUGCAUUAUGGCAGAAAUGUGGACCAGAAGCCCAAUUAUGCAAGGAACCUCAGAGCAGAAUCAAUUAACAUAUAUUAGUAAUUUGUGUGGCUCAAUCAAUACUGAUGUAUGGCCUAAUGUUGACAAAUUAGAACUUUUUAUGAAAAUGGAUCUCCCACAGAACUUGAAGAGAAGAGUAAAGGAAAGAGUGAAGUCUUUUGUGAAAGAUCAGUAUGCUUUAGAUUUGAUAGACAAGCUUUUGAUUCUUGAUCCAAGUAAAAGAAUUGAUGCUGAUGCAGCACUGAACCAUGACUUCUUCUGGACUGAUCCAAUGCCAUGUGAUUUGACACGGACACUUUCCACACUGCAAACUUCCAUGUUUGAGUAUUUGACUCCACCAAGAAGAGCAAACCCAGCAAGACCACAAGCAGGACCAUCCCACAAACCAAUACAACAAAAUAUGAACAUGAACGGAGCUAAUUAUGACAGGGUCUUUUGAUUAGAAAAGCAUUCAGAAAGUGUUUGUCAGUAAUGACCCAAGAAAACUAUGUUUUUGCUAACUAUCAAUAUGUUUUUCAGCUUUAAUGUUUAAAAAUUACUUUUUUAUUUGGGCAUUUAAUAAAGCUAUCAAAAAUUAAUUUUGUUACUGUUCUAAGUUUCCAGUGUCAUAAUUCUUAUAGCUGCAGUAUUGUUUGAUUUGUUUUCAUAAAUAUGAUAUUAACUGCCGAAGCUAGGGAUAGUUUAGACAACCUCAGAUAAGUGUAGGUUUGUAUGGAUACGUUAAAAAUAUCAUCUAAAAAUGAAAUCAUUUAAUGGACAUACUUUUCACAAGGAACAAAAUUACAAUUAUUUAGAUGCAAUGUAGCCUUUAAACUGUGUCGUAAUGUAGCCUUUAAACUGUUUAGUUAAUAAUGAGAGUCAAAGUGGUGCCCUGAUCAUUUGAUUAGAGAUCUUUUCAUUGUCUUGCUACUUGUAACAUUUUGCUUUGAGAUUACCAUAAUUUUCCAAGGAUGUUUUUGUGUAAUCACAUUUCUUGAAUCAUAUGGUAUGAUAAAACUGUUACAUUUUUAAAAGA